GCAUUUCCUGCCUCCCCGGGCCAGGCUGGAUGAGCUGGAGCUCCCCAUAGCUGACGGUCAGACCCCAGCCUCCAUCUGUAUCCACAGGCCAGGACUGCAGUCGCCGCUGCCACUGUCAACAGAAGCCCUGCAGCCUCUCACCGCUUAAGGCUGGCCCAGCAACCCCCUGGCCUGGCCCCACGCUCCCGUGCCCGCUUCUCCUGACCCCUCGGCCGCCACCUCAGAAGGCUGGAGCAGGGACGCCGUCGCUCCAGCUGCCUGCUGCCCUUGGGUCCCCGCGAGAGCCCACGCCGGCCCCCGCACCCGUCCGCAGCCCUGCCCCUGGACACCGGAUAAGGCCCCGCACGCAGACCCCCGGAAGGACAGCAUGGACCGCGGCGUGCUCUGCCAGGCCGUUGCCCUGCUGCUGGUCGUGUGCAGCCUCGGCCCCACAAGUCUUGCAGAAACAGUCUACUGUGACCUACAGCCUGUGGACUCCGAGGUGACAUACGUAACGAGCCAGGUUUCUGAGGGUUGUGUGGCUCAGAUCCCCGAUGCCACCCUAGAAGUCCACGUCCUCUUCUUGACAUUCCUAGGGGACGUGUCUAGGCUGGAGCUGACUCUCCAGACAUCCAAGCAAGGUGGCAUCCGGCCCCGAGAGGUGCUGCUGAUCCUGAGCGUGAACAAAUCCGUCUUCCUGAAAUUGCAGGCACCAGGAAUCCCACUCCAGCUGGCCUACGACUCCAAACUGGUCUUUCACGAGGCCCUAGAUGCCAACAUCACACAGCUGCCAUCCUUCACCACCAAGGACCAGCUCCUCAACUGGGCGAAUACAAAGGGUUCCAUCGCCUCUGUUGCUGAGCUGAACAACCCGCAAAGCAUCUUCCUUCGUCUGGACCAAGCCUCGAGCUCACCGUUCUCCUGCAAUCUGGAACCCCAGAAGGACAUGGGCCACACGCUCGGAUGGACCCCGAAAGCCUGGGGCUGCCGCUUGGAAGGUGUGGCUGGCCACAAGGAGGCGCACAUCCUGAGGAUCCUACCGGGCCCAGAGGCCUCGCCCCGGACAGUGACCGUGAAGUUGGAGCUGAGCUGUGCUUGGAGAGAUACUGACGCCGCCGUGCUCAUCCUUCAGGGUCCACCCUACGUGUCCUGGUUAAUCGAGGCCAACCACAACAUGCAGAUCUGGACCACUGGUGAAUACUCCUUGAAGAUCUUUCCAGAUAGGAUCAACCCUGGCUUCCAACUCCCAAACACAACCCAAGGCCUGCUGGGGGAGGCCCGGAGGCUCAAUGCCAGCGUAGUAGCAUCCUUCGUGGAGCUCCCUGUGGCCAAUGAUGUCUCUCUGCGGACCCACAGCUGUGGCAGUGGGCUGCAGCCCUCACCCACACCGGUGGAGAUCACCACUCCCAAUAAGGGCUGCAACCAGGAGCUACUUCUGACCCUGAUCCAGCCCAAGUGCUCCAGCGAUGGCAUGACUCUGGUACUCAAGAAAGAUCUCAUCUCGACUCUGCUAUGCACCAUCACAAGCCUGACCUUCUGGGACUCCAGCUGCCAAGCUAAGGAAACAGAAGACGAGUUUGUCUUGAGCAGUGGCUACUCCAGCUGUGGCAUGGAAGUGAUGGAAAAUGUGGUCAGUAACGAGGUGGUCAUCAGACUCCUGUCAAGCUCAUCACCGCAGCGGAGAAAGGUGCAGUGCAUCAACAUGGACAGCCUCUCCCUCCAGCUGGGCCUCUACCUCAGCCCGCACUUCCUCCAAGCCUCCAACACCAUCGAGCUGGGCCAGCAGGGCUUUGUGCAGGUGAGCGUGUCCCCAUCCAUCCCUGAGCUCAUGAUCCAGCUGGAGAGCUGCCAACUGAACCUGGGCCCCGACAUGGAAAUCGUGGAACUCAUCCAGGGCCAGGAAGCCAAGAGCAGCUGCGUGAGCCUGCUGUCCCCGAGCCCUAGUGGUGACAUACGCUUCAGCUUCCUCCUCCGCGGCUACAUGGUGCCCAUGCCCACGACUGGCAUCCUCAGCUGCUCUGUGACCAUGCAUCCCAGGAUUCGGUCCCUGGAAGUCCACAAGACUGUUUCCACACGCCUGAACAUCAUCAGCACCAGCCUGCAUGACAAAGGCCUCGUCCUACCUGCCGUGCUGGGCAUCACUUUUGGCGCCUUCCUCAUCGGGGCCCUGCUCACCGCCGCGCUCUGGUACAUCUACUCGCACACGCGUCACCCCGGCAAGCGGGAGCCCGUGGUGGCGGUGGCUGCCCCGGCCUCCUCGGAGAGCAGUAGCACCAACCACAGCAUCGGGAGCACCCAGAGCACCCCCUGCUCCACCAGCAGCAUGGCGUAGUGCCCAGCCAGCCCUCGCCCAGCGGGAGAGACUGAGCAGCCACCAGCUGGGAACCACUGGCCGUGGACUUAUCCCGGGACCCCAGCCCCUCCACUUGACCAAGGAUGAACCCUGCCCUCUGCACCCGUCCCUGCUGCCUCCCUCCCAGAGGCCUGCCGCCAGUGGGAGCACCAGCUCGGAACACCUUGGGGUCCCCCCACCCCACCCUAACGAACCUUCAAACCUGGAGGGCCUGGGGUGUGGCUGCCCGGGGCUGCAGAGUGAGAGCCCACUGCCCUGUACGUCCACAUUGCUGUAAACACCCAAGAAAGUCCCUGUCAUUGUAACCUGGACCCAGCACUCGGUGACCUGGGCUGGGCAGGAGUUGAGAACUCCAGGACUCAGUCCAGCCCACCCAGGCUGAUGGCGCCUCCUCUGUGGAAACCAAGCCGGCACAGAGCCACCUGCACCUGCUUCCAGCGGUCUCCGCAGCGGAACUGGCACGACUCCGGCGGAAACAGAAGCUGAGGGGCGCCCAGCCUGGGAGUGGAGUGGGGGAGCCUAGCUCCUCCCUGCAACUGUCACACAGAGACACCCCCCCACACCCACCCCCCAGGCAGUCUGUCCUGGGUCCUCCCCUAUAUACUCACCAUCAAUAAAUCAGACCAUGAAACCAGAA